AUGGCAACCCAAGGUCCCCAGGCUCUCCCCCCAGUUACAGUCCAGGGCACACAGGUCAUCAGCCAGUCCGCAGCGCAGGAAUUCCUAGCUGCCUACCUGGACCGCGCCGCGACAGACCCAUCUCUGCAACCCAAUGCCAGCAUCAGCGAGCACGGCCCCGUCUCACGGACAACCGCCGCAGCACCGAACUUGAUCCUCCACAACCUGAAGCGUGUCCAAGCGGGUCUAGCUGGCGAGCUCCUCGGUCGUGAUCUGACUGUCGCGAAGCAGAACCCCGGAGAAGAUUAUUUGGAUGUUGCUGCGGGUAUUCCGCAGACCAACAACCACGAGCAGCUGGACGAUAGCAAUGAUCUUGUCAUGAAUGAUGCUGAGUUUGGUAUGGAGGCUGAGGCCUUCGCGAAUCAGGAGGCCGGUAUCGAUAAGGAGGAGCGCAAGCGCAAGAAGAAGGAGAGACGGUUGGCGGAGAAGAAGGGUAAGGCCCAGGCGAAGGCCGAAGAAUCCGAUUGA